UGGCCGCCGGGUGUGGUGAGGGUGACGCGCUGAAAGCCGGCGUCUCUCCCUUGCCCGUCCUCUGACAGCGCCUGGAGCACAGAGGGCGCUUUCCGCCCGAGCUGUGGACGCCGUCCUGUGGCCGGUUGUGAGACGGUAUUGGAAUAAAGAUAACUACAGCUUUCUGUGAAAAUGUCAGUUCUGAUAUCACAGAGUGUAAUAAAUUAUGUAGAAGAAGAAAACAUUCCUGCUCUGAAAGCUCUUCUUGAAAAAUGCAAAGAUGUAGAUGAGAGAAAUGAGUGUGGCCAGACUCCAUUGAUGAUAGCUGCUGAACAAGGCAAUCUGGAAAUAGUGAAAGAAUUAAUUAAGAAUGGAGCUAAUUGCAAUCUGGAAGAUUUGGAUAACUGGACAGCACUUAUAUCGGCAUCAAAAGAAGGGCACGUACACGUUGUGGAAGAGCUGCUUAAACGUGGGGUUAACGUGGAGCACCGUGAUAUGGGAGGAUGGACAGCUCUUAUGUGGGCGUGUUAUAAAGGCCGUACUGAAGUGGUAGAGCUGCUUCUUUCUCAUGGUGCCAAUCCAAGUGUCACUGGUCUGCAGUACAGUGUUUACCCCAUCAUUUGGGCAGCAGGGAGAGGCCAUGCAGAUAUAGUGCAUCUUUUACUGCAAAAUGGUGCUAAAGUCAACUGCUCUGAUAAGUAUGGAACCACCCCUUUGGUUUGGGCUGCACGAAAGGGUCAUUUGGAAUGUGUAAAACAUUUGUUGGCCAUGGGAGCUGAUGUUGAUCAAGAAGGAGCUAAUUCAAUGACUGCGCUUAUUGUGGCAGUAAAAGGAGGCUACACACAGUCUGUAAAAGAAAUUUUGAAGAGGAAUCCAAAUGUAAAUUUGACAGAUAAGGAUGGAAAUACAGCUUUGAUGAUUGCAUCAAAGGAGGGACAUACAGAGAUUGUACAGGAUCUACUUGAUGCUGGAACCUAUGUGAACAUACCUGAUAGGAGUGGGGAUACUGUGUUGAUUGGUGCUGUCAGAGGUGGUCAUGUGGAAAUUGUUCGAGCACUUCUUCAAAAAUAUGCUGAUAUAGACAUUAGAGGACAGGACAAUAAAACUGCUUUGUAUUGGGCUGUUGAGAAAGGAAAUGCAACAAUGGUGAGAGAUAUCUUACAGUGCAACCCUGACACUGAAAUAUGCACAAAGGAUGGUGAAACUCCACUUAUAAAGGCUACCAAGAUGAGAAAUAUUGAAGUGGUGGAGCUGCUGCUAGAUAAAGGAGCUAAAGUGUCUGCUGUGGAUAAGAAAGGAGACACUCCUUUGCAUAUUGCUAUUCGUGGGAGGAGUCGGAAACUGGCAGAACUUCUUUUAAGAAAUCCCAAGGAUGGACGAUUACUUUAUAGGCCUAACAAAGCAGGCGAGACUCCCUACAACAUUGACUGUAGCCAUCAGAAAAGUAUUUUAACUCAAAUAUUUGGAGCCAGACACUUGUCUCCUACCGAAACGGAUGGCGACAUGCUUGGUUAUGAUUUAUAUAGCAGUGCCCUGGCGGAUAUUCUCAGUGAGCCUACCAUGCAGCCACCCAUUUGUGUGGGGCUGUAUGCACAGUGGGGAAGUGGGAAAUCUUUCUUACUCAAGAAACUAGAAGAUGAAAUGAAGACUUUUGCAGGACAGCAGAUUGAAGCUCUUUUUCAGUUUUCCUGGCUGAUAGUCUUUCUGACCGUGCUGCUUUGUGGAGGGCUUGGUCUAUUGUUUGCUUUUACGAUUGACCUGAAUCUUGGAAUAGCCGUGUCUUUGAGCUUCUUGGCUCUCCUGUAUAUAUUUUUUAUUGUCAUUUACUUUGGUGGACGAAGGGAAGGAGAAAGUUGGAAUUGGGCCUGGGUCCUCAGUACUAGAUUGGCAAGACAUAUUGGAUAUUUGGAGCUCCUCCUCAAGUUGAUGUUUGUGAAUCCACCUGAAUUGCCAGAGCAAACCACUAAAGCUUUACCUGUGAGGUUUUUGUUUACAGAUUACAAUAGGCUGUCCAGUGUAGGUGGAGAAACAUCAAUGGCUGAAAUGAUUGCGACCCUCGCGGACGCUUGUGAAAGAGAGUUUGGCUUUUUGGCAGCCAGGCUUUUUCGAGUAUUCAAGACUGAAGAUACACAGGGUAAAAAGAAAUGGAAAAAAACGUGUUGCCUCCCAUCUUUUGUCAUCUUCCUUUUUAUCUUUGGCUGCAUUAUUGCUGGAAUUACUCUUCUGGCUGUAUUCAGAGUUGACCCAAAACAUCUGACGGUGAAUGCGGUCCUCAUAUCAAUUGCGUCUGUAGUGGGGUUGGCCUUCUUGCUGAACUGUCGUACAUGGUGGCAGGUGCUGGACUCUCUCCUGAAUUCUCAAAGGAAACGCCUCCAUAAUGCUGCCUCCAAACUGCACAAAUUGAAAAGUGAAGGAUUCAUGAAAGUUCUUAAGUGUGAAGUGGAACUGAUGGCAAGGAUGGCAAAAGCUAUUGACAGCUUCACUCAGAAUCAGACAAGACUGGUGGUUAUCAUUGAUGGAUUAGAUGCCUGUGAGCAGGACAAAGUUCUCCAGAUGCUGGACACUGUCCGAGUUCUCUUUUCAAAAGGCCCAUUCAUUGCCAUUUUUGCAAGUGAUCCACAUAUAAUUAUAAAGGCAAUUAACCAGAACCUCAACAGUGUGCUUCGUGACUCAAAUAUAAAUGGACAUGACUAUAUGCGCAAUAUAGUUCAUUUGCCUGUUUUCCUUAAUAGUCGUGGACUAAGCAAUGCGAGAAAAUUUCUUGUAACUUCCACAACAAAUGGGGACAUUCCAUGCUCAGAUACUACAGGGAUACAAGAAGAUGCUGACAGAAGAGUUUCACAAAACAGUCUUGGAGAGAUGACAAAAGUUGGUAGCAAGACAGCUCUCAAUAGACGGGACACUUACCGAAGAAGGCAGAUGCAGCGGACGAUUACUCGGCAGAUGUCCUUUGAUCUUACAAAACUGCUGGUUACGGAGGACUGGUUCAGUGACAUAAGUCCUCAGACCAUGAGAAGAUUGCUUAAUAUUGUUUCUGUGACAGGGCGGUUACUGAGAGCCAACCAGAUUACUUUCAACUGGGACAGGCUUGCUAGCUGGAUCAACCUUACUGAGCAGUGGCCAUAUCGAACUUCAUGGCUCAUAUUAUAUUUGGAAGAGACUGAAGGUAUUCCAGAUCAAAUGACAUUAAAAACCAUCUAUGAAAGAAUAUCAAAGAAUAUUCCAACAACUAAAGAUGUUGAGCCACUGCUUGAAAUAGAUGGAGAUAUAAGAAAUUUUGAAGUGUUUUUGUCUUCAAGGACCCCAGUUCUUGUGGCUCGAGAUGUAAAAACCUUCUUGCCAUGUACUGUAAACCUAGACCCUAAACUACGGGAAAUUAUUGCAGAUGUUCGUGCUGCAAGAGACCAGAUUAACAUUGGAGGACUUGCAUAUCCCCCGCUACCCUUACAUGAAGCUCAUCCUAGACCACCAUCAGGCUACAGUCAGCCUCCGUCUGUCUGUUCUUCCUCCACUUCCUUCAAUGGACCAUUUGGAGGUGGGGUUGUGUCACCACAGCCUCACAGUAGCUAUUACAGUGGUAUGACAGGACCCCAACAUCCAUUCUAUAAUAGGCCAUUCUUUGCCCCAUACCUUUACACGCCAAGGUAUUACCCUGGCGGUUCCCAACAUCUCAUCUCACGUCCAUCAGUAAAAACGAAUUUGCCCAGAGAUCAAAGCAAUGGCCUAGGAUCAGGCCCAGCCUCGGGAACAAUAUCACUGAAUUCAAUGAGUGUGGAUGCAGUAUGCGAGAAACUGAAACAAAUAGAAGGGCUGGACCAGAGUGUGCUGCCUCAGUAUUGUGCAACAAUCAAAAAGGCAAACAUAAAUGGCCGUGUGUUAGCUCAGUGUAACAUUGAUGAGCUGAAGAAAGAGAUGAAUAUGAAUUUUGGAGACUGGCACCUUUUUAGGAGCACGGUACUAGAAAUGAGAAAUGCAGAAAACCAAGUGGUCCCUGAAGACCCACGGUUACUCAGUGAAAGCAGCAGUGGCCCAGGGCCCCACGGGGAAGCUGCUCGCCGUUCCUCUCACAAUGAACUCCCUCACACUGAGCUUGCCAGUCAGACUCCCUACACACUAAACUUCAGCUUUGAAGAACUGAAUACACUUGGCCUAGAUGAAGGUGCCCCACGUCACAGUAAUCUAAGUUGGCAGUCACAAACUCGCAGAACCCCAAGUCUUUCGAGUCUCAAUUCUCAGGAUUCCAGUAUUGAAAUUUCAAAGCUUACUGAUAAGGUGCAGGCCGAGUAUAGAGAUGCCUAUAGAGAAUAUAUUGCUCAGAUGUCUCAGUUAGAAGGGGGUGCAGGUUCUACAACAAUGAGUGGCAGAUCUUCUCCACACAGCACAUAUUACAUGGGUCAGAGUUCAUCAGGGGGCUCCAUUCAUUCUAAUCUAGAACCAGAAAAAGGGAAAGAGAGUGAACCAAAGCAAGAUGAUGGAAGGAAGUCGUUUUUAAUGAAGAGGGGAGAUGUUAUAGAUUAUUCAUCAUCAGGGGUUUCCACUAAUGAUGCCUCACCCCUGGACCCUAUCACUGAAGAAGAUGAAAAGUCGGAUCAGUCAGGCAGUAAGCUUCUCCCAGUUAAGAAAUCCUCAGAAAGGUCAAGUCUCUUCCAGACAGAUUUAAAGCUUAAGGGAGGUGGACUGCGCUAUCAAAAACUUCCAAGUGAUGAAGAUGAAUCUGGGACAGAAGAAUCAGAUAAUACUCCACUGCUCAAAGAUGAUAAAGAUAAAAAAGCUGAAGGGAAAGUAGAGAGAGUGUCAAAGUCUCCAGAGCACAGUGCUGAGCCGAUUAGAACCUUCAUUAAAGCAAAAGAGUAUUUAUCAGAUGCCCUCCUUGACAAAAAGGACUCAUCUGAUUCAGGAGUGAGAUCCAACGAAAGUUCUCCAAAUCACUCUCUUCACAAUGAAGCAGCUGACGAUUCCCAACUUGAAAAGGCAAAUCUCAUAGAGCUUGAAGAUGACAGCCACAGUGGAAAACGGGGAAUACCACAUAGCUUGAGUGGCCUGCAAGAUCCAAUUAUAGCUCGAAUGUCCAUUUGUUCAGAAGACAAGAAAAGCCCUUCUGAAUGUAGCUUGAUAGCCAGCAGCCCUGAAGAAAACUGGCCAGCAUGCCAAAAAGCCUACAAUCUGAAUCGAACACCCAGUACUGUGACUCUGAACAACAAUAGUGCUCCAGCUAAUAGAGCCAAUCAGAAUUUUGAUGAAAUGGAGGGAAUUAGGGAGACUUCCCAAGUCAUUUUGAGGCCGGGUUCCAGUUCCAACCCAACUGCUAUUCAGAAUGAAAAUCUGAAAAGCAUGACGCAUAAGCGAAGCCAACGUUCAAGUUACACAAGGCUCUCAAAGGAUUCUUCAGAGCUCCAUGCGGUAGCCUCUUCUGAUGGUACAGGCUUUGGAGAAGAAAGAGAAAGCAUUCUUUAAGAAAAACAAGCAAAAGUAGAAUAGUAUUAGUAUACCCCUAUGACAAAAUUGACCUGAGUUUUUAUGCACAUCAUCUUUGUACAUUUCAUUCACAAUUAAUGGAUGAGAAGGCCUUUUGUAAAAGAGACAUAUGCUAUACAACAGAGGAAAGUAUAAGAAAGGGUGGUUCAUCAGUCAGCCUCCAUCGUCUUUGUAAUUAGAAGCUUAAAAACUCACCAUUGUUAUUAUACUUUACAUUGGCACUCCUCCUAAAAUUUUUUGAGACAAUAUCUGAGUAAAAAGAUGGGUCAGAAAUAUUAAAUAUAAAGGGCUUAAUUUGCCAAAGAAAAUAAAAAGCUAGAGACCCCUUUUGUAGAACAUUCACUCGUCAAAUAUUUGAGGGAAGACAUGGUGUUAGAUGAACCAGAAGCAAAUUUUGCUCUUAAGGGGUAAAAGAUAAGAAUUUACAGGUUAUGGAGUAACCCAGAGACUAAAGGUAAAUGCUCUGUAAAUUGAGAACCAGUGUUCUAUGUAAUAGACAAAUUGCUUAUCAAAGGUUUCUUAAAUUUUAAGUAGAAAACAGAUGAUAAAGAGGGAUUUAAAAAUUGAUAAGAAAGUGAGUCAGCAGUGUCCAAAGCAGAGUCCCAGUAACUGGACCAUUAUGAGCUACUAGGAGAGUUCCUGUGCGGAGGGGCCGAUAACCUUCCUGUGACCUGGAUGCUCUUCUUGCCAAAUCCCAGGCCUGGCUUCAGGCACCAUCCACCUGCCCAAGAACCCACCCUGGUCUACCCUGUGACUCUUAAAUUGUGUGUCCAACUUUUCUUAGUGAGCCUAGCAAUGAGAGGGAAAAAACAUGAAUUCUUUCUCCAAAGAAUCAGAGAGACAUAAGUAGUAACAAUAGGCACUAAUAAAUAUUUAUGGAAUGAGAGAAUAAGGAAAUAAUUACAUUCCAAAAGUCAGUGACAGCUGACAAAUGACAAGGAGAUAGUCAAUUAGGUAAAACUAAAUCAUUGCCUUCUAUACUGGGGCAAAGUUUAUCUACUUCAUCUGUUCCUAAAUCAGCAUGUUAAUUCUCGGGCAGGAUCAUAGGAAAGGAAAGGCUUUUUUUAAUAAAAAGUUAAAAAAUGUGUAACAAAGCAAGGGUAAAAAGAAGAUAAAACUGGUGUGACUUUUAUUGUUAGCAGAGUUGAGAGAAUGAUCACAUCCAAGUGUCGUGUGGACUAGAAAUGUACCCUGUCAUCAUGCAUUGAAAAUUUUUUGUUUUAAAGUAGCUUGUUUGCGUAGAAUUAAUUUUGGCAGUAUAUCCUCAGUCACAGAUCAGAUUGUAGAUGGUGAGAUUGUAGAUGUGUGAUUACUUAAAUUUAGUGUUACAUUUGCGAUGUUUAUCACUUAUGGAUUUUUAUUAAUAUGCUGAAUAAAUUAUUUACUUGA